CUCUCUUUCCUUUUCCGCUCUACGACGUUUACGAGCCUAAGGUGCUUGGUUCUUCACCAGAAGCUAAGGCCCUCAAUCCGGCGACUAGCACCGUCAAAUUUAGGCAUCCAACGUGAGAAACAUAAAAUCCAACAUCUACAAUGGCCUCCGUGUCCGAGCUCGCCUGCAUUUACUCUGCUCUGAUCCUCCACGACGAUGAAGUCGCCGUCACCGAGGACAAGCUGAACGCUCUGAUCAAGGCUGCAGGAGUCACCGUGGAGCCCUUCUGGCCAAGUCUGUUCGCCAAGGCUCUCACCAGCAUUGACAUCGGCAGCCUGAUCUGCAACGUUGGAGCCGGAGGUGCAGCUCCCGCUGGAGCCGCCACCACUGGAGCUGCUGUUGCUGCUGGUGACGCCCCAGCCAAGGAGGAGGAGAAGAAAGAGGAGAAGAAGGAAGAGUCUGAGGAGUCCGAUGAUGACAUGGGCUUCGGUCUCUUUGAUUAAAAUGUCUGUUUUUUUGUAAGAAAACAAUAAAACAACAAAAAUGAC